UUUACAUCAUUACGUACAAGAAGUACAUUCUCACAAAGUACCGUCUGCUGACAAUGUACUACUGCUAUAUAUAUGAGCUUGUUGGACCUGCAGGGCCUUGAGACACUCAUACGACUGUCCUGCUCUUCACUAGUCACUUCGUGUCUGCUCCACUUCCCUUGCUCUCUCCUCCUACUCUGCCCGCUGACCCUGAUCAUCUUGCCAGGGCCAAGCUUCGAUCGUCCCAAAUGUCCACCAGCUGCCUCAACUUCUUCUCGGCCACGCCGUCCCCGGAGCCUCCGCCGCCUCCGGCGAUGGACUACGACGUGGUGGUGAUCCUGGCGGCGAUGCUCUGCGCGCUGUUGUGCGCGCUGGGGCUCAACUCCGUGCUCCAGCAAUGCAUCGCGCGGUGCACCCGCCGCGCCGUGGCCGGCCCGGUGGACUGGGUGGUGCACCGCCGCGCCAACGCCGGGCUCAAGCGGGAGGUCCUCGUCGCGCUCCCCGUCGCCACCUACAACGCCGAUGCUUCUCCGGCGCAGAAGCAGCAGCAGGCAUCGGCCGGCGCCGGGUGCGCCAUCUGCCUGUCCGACUUCGCCGACGGCGAGAGCGUCCGGGUGCUCCCAGUGUGCGGUCACCGGUUCCACGUCGCCUGCGUCGACAGGUGGCUCGUGUCGCGCUGCUCCUGCCCGACGUGCCGGCGCCGCCUCUCGCCAGAUCGAGGUGACGCCGGAAAAGAGAGCCGCCGGGAGCUGCAUGUUUUGAACGCGGUGUGAUCAUCGACGGUGAUCACCGCUUAUUGUUUCGGUUAUGUCAGGUUCUGCGUGUGACCGAUGCUCACCCCGGCCAUAAACUGUUCGAUGGUUUACACUGCCAUCUUGAGAGAUUUUCAUUUUUGUUCAAUAAAACGAUGAUCAGGCGUUUAACAUGUUACAUGGCUCUGGAUUUUUCGCC